UCAGACCCGAUAGAAACAUGGCAAACCCUGGCAGCUCCGGCAGCACCGUCGCGUUCGUCUACAGGGGGACAUUUGUCCACUCGACCCCCCAGACUCCUCUGCAGAUCCUGGAGGAUGCGCUCCUGGGAGUGGACACUGACGGGAAGAUUGCUUUCAUUGAGGGUGGCCAGGAGGUGCAGAGACUGUCUCAGAUAUUUGGAUUUAGCCCAUCUGAAGUGAUUCAACUGGGACAAUAUGAAUUUUUCAUGCCAGGAAUGGUAGACACUCACAUCCAUGCAUCCCAGUACAGUUACGCUGGCACGGCCCUGGACAUGCCUUUACUGCAGUGGCUCAAUACUUACACCUUUCCUGUGGAGUCACACUUUAAGGACUUAGAGUUUGCCCAGAAGGUCUACAGUCAAGUCGUGAGAAGGACGCUGAGAAACGGAACAACCACUGCAUGUUACUUUGCCACCAUACACACUGAUGCCUCUCUUCUGCUGGGUCAGAUAGCAAAUGACUUGGGACAGCGUGCAUUGGUGGGCAAGGUGUGCAUGGAUAGGAACAACUUUGUAAAACAUUAUAAAGAAACCUUUAAGGAGUCUCAAGAUGAAACCUAUCGGUUCAUCAAAGAACUCUCAAAUAAAAAGUAUCCUCUAGUGAAGCCUGUGGUCACUCCCCGUUUUGCUCCAUCUUGCACAGAGGCUUUACUUACACAGCUGGGAGCAGUUGCUAAGAAUAACAACCUGCACAUUCAGAGUCACAUCAGUGAAAACAUUGAGGAAGUGGAGCUUGUAAAGGAGCUGUUUCCUGCCUCAGAAUCUUACACAGAUGUGUAUCACAAAUGCAACUUGCUCACCGACAAGACAGUGAUGGCCCAUGGCUGCCACCUCACUGAUAAAGAGUUGGCUUUGUUCAGGGAGACAGGGGCCUCUUUGUCCCACUGUCCCAAUUCCAACAUUUCGUUGUGCAGUGGAAUAUUAGAUGUCCGCAAUGUCUUGAAUCACAAAGUGAAGCUGGGACUGGGAACUGAUGUGGCAGGAGGCUACUCUUCUUCUAUGCUUGAUGCCGUGAGGAGAACUCUUGAUGCAUCUAAAGUCCUGACCAUCCAGAACCCAGAGCACAACACACUCACUUUUGAGGAGGUGUUCAGACUGGCCACGCUGGGAGGCAGCCAAGCUCUAUCUCUGGAUGAACAAACGGGAAACUUUGAAGUGGGAAAGGACUUUGAUGCCCUGAGGGUGAAUAUGGCUGCUCCUGGUGGGCCCAUCGACCUGAUCCAGUAUGAGGAAACAAAGAUUCUUCUGGAAAAGUUUUUGAAUUUGGGUGAUGAUCGUAACAUAGUGGAGGUAUUUGUGGCUGGAAGGAAGGUGCUUCCAUUCGCAGAGCUGAGAGUCGAGUGAACCGUCCGGUCUUCCACAAACACGUCCCACAGCCAACCAUACUGUGUGAGAGAUUCCAUGUGUGGGUCACAAGAAUGAUGAAAAUGCCCCCUGGCUGCAUGAACUACAGUUUUGCACAAUUUUAGUCAAACAAGGAGGAAAUUUAUUUUCAGCAGAAACAUGUUGGGCUUCGAUGAUAGGACGGAAGAUACAACUCAGCAGUGGGUCACACAUGUCUGAGGUCAGCUGAGCUUGAGCUCACUCUGAUCCUUUAGACAUUUAGGAUAACAACAAGGGAUUCAUAAAAUGUUGUACAAUUUGCACUUCUUUUGGUUAAUUGUUGCCAAGAGCUAGCCAGAUGAUUUUCAUUUUUGCCUUCUUCUCACAAUUGUGCUACUUUUAAAAAAAAUCUCAUCCUUGUGUUACAAAUCAGACUUUUUUAUUUACUUAAAAACAUGUAAAUUGAAAAAGAGAGGAAUACAGUUGUAGGUAACCUUUGUAGUGUUAAAAACAAAUAAAACCAAUAUCUUCAAUCACA